AUGAGCACAAGAGGAGAGACACACAGAGCGAGAGAGAGAGGGAAAGAGAGAGAGAAGCCUAUAAUACAGAACAAAAGUAGCCAGGGCUGCAGACCUUGCCAAAAAGCCUUGCACUGCAUUGUGAAUAAAGUACAAAGAGGGGACAUUCCUGCUGCCUCAGCACAAAUGAUAUAAAAGGGAAGAAGAAGGAUCACCUUCCUCAUUUCUAUACAGCAAGAUGCCCUACCUUGCCUGUCAGCAUUGGGCCACCGCUGGGAAGGAUCUGCCAGCCAUCCCCUAGCACAUGUGAGACUCUCUCUGACUGGAAGCUAAGCCUGUGGGAUUUGCUAGGUGGGAAAGUGCUGGUUGGUUUGUACAGACAGCACUGGGGAUGUGCUGGGGCUGCCCUGCUCUGUUACAGCCCAUGCUCUGAGCUGCUCGGAGAAAAGCCUUUUGCCUGCAUUGUCCUUUCCCAUCUGUUUGAAUGGUAUGUCACCAUGCAGACUGCCAGCAAAUGAACCAAAAGAAUCCCCUUAACUUGUGCGAGUCAUGUGACAUCAAGUUCCACAGCACCAUGCACUUUGACAAACAUAUUCGCUUUGACUUGCCUCCCCAAGGUUCGAUUCUGGCCCGCAACGUCUCCACUAGGUCAUGCCCACCCCGUACCAGUCCUGCAUCUGAUGUUGAGGAAGAUGAUGAGGAAUUAAUGGAUGGAAAAGGGGACAAGAAAGCUGCAGGCCUGAAAUUAAGCAAGAAGAAAACCAGGAGAAGGCACACAGAUGACCCGAGCAAGGAAUGCUUCACUUUGAAAUUUGAUUUGAAUGUUGAUAUAGAAACUGAGAUUGUUCCUGCCAUGAAGAAGAAGUCACUUGGAGAGGUGUUGAUACCAGCUUUUGAGAGAAAAGGAAUUGAUCUGAAUAAAGUGGAUAUAUUUUUGGACCAGUCAAAUACACCGCUGUCACUCAAUUUUGAAGCUUACAGAUUCGGAGGGCAUUAUUUAAAGGUUAAAGCCAAACCAGGGGAUGAAGUGAAAGUGGAGCAGGCAGUGAAAGACUUUAGAUCAUUAAGCUUGCCCAUCAUGAGGAACACAGGGGCAACCUCAGCGUUUAUAUUCAACCCAGCAGCGGAGAGGUCUGAUCCACCACCGUUCAGGCGAGAGAACACAGAUAUCCUGGCUCCAGGACGAAGGAGGAAGAAUAUGAAUGAAUUUCUUGGGGAUGCGAGUAUUCCGGUACAAGAUCCCCUUCAGAGUUUUAGCUGCUCUUUGCCCAACAACGGCACCGAUACAUGGAAAAAUAGGGCUGCCAGUCGUUUCAGUGGAUUCUUUGGCUCUGCUGCUACUGGACCAUUUGGGCGGGAGAUAGACAAAAUGGAGCAGCUGGAGAGCAAGUUGCAUUCAUACAGUAUGUUUGGCCUUCCCAAGUUUGGCUUUGAUCAGGACUCAUGGGAGGAAGAAGAAGAUGAUACCUACCUGACUCUUGAAGAUAGCUGGCAGGAAAUCAUUGAGGUUCCUGAGACUCUUACUAGGCGACAGUGCCACCAACAAGAGGCCAUUUGGGAGUUACUGCAUACAGAAGCCACAUACAUUAAGAAGCUGAAAGUGAUAACUGAUCUUUUCCUUUGUUGCCUAUUGAAUCUACAAGAGUCCGGAAUAUUAUGUGAGGUGGAACCUGAUAAGUUAUUCAGCAAUAUCCAGGAGAUCAUUCAAUUACACAGAACACUCUGGAGUACUGUCAUGGUACCAAUACUGGAGAAGGCAAGAAAGACCAAGAGUUUACUAAACCCCAUGGACUUCCAGAAAGGAUUCAAAAUGUUCGAAUCCCUGUUUAAACCAUAUAUCCGAUACUGUAUGGAGGAGGAAGGCUGCAUGGAAUAUAUGAGAAAUCUCCAUCGGGACAAUGAGCUUUUUAAGUCCUAUGUUACGUGGUCUGAAAAACACAAGCAAUGCAAUCGACUAAAACUGAGUGACAUGUUGGUGAAGCCACAUCAGCGCCUUACAAAGUAUCCCCUGCUGCUGAAAUCAAUCUUGAAAAAGACAGAUGACCUGCAAGUUAGAGAGUCCAUUAUUCUCAUGAUAAGCUCAGUGGAGCGUUUCAUCAAUCAUGUGAAUUCCCGGAUGCGCCAAAGACAAGAACAGCAACGCCUGGCCGCAAUCAUCAGCCGCAUUGAUUCAUAUGAGGCUGUGGACAGCAGCACCGAUGAAGUGGAUAAGAUUCUGAAAGAAUUCUGUAGGUUAGAUUUAACAGCCCCUAUGAUUGGAACGUCUCCUGAAGAUACACGCCAACUUCUUCUAGAAGGAAGUCUAAAGAUGAAGGAAGGCAAAGAUAGUAAGAUGGACGUUUACUGUUUCCUGUUCACUGAUCUCUUCCUCAUUACAAAGCCAGUCAAAAAAGCAGAAAGAACCAAAGUAAUUCGACAGCCGCUACUUGUGGAUAAAAUUGUAUGCAGGGAACUUAAAGAUCCAGGUUCCUUCUUGCUCAUCUAUCUGAAUGAAUUCCGCAGCGCUGUUGCUGCAUAUACAUUUCAAGCCAGUGGGCAGUCGUUGUGCAGAGGAUGGAUUGAAGCAUUUUUCAAUGCACAGAAUCUCUUACAAAGAAUGAGACAGGAGUGUCUGCGUAACCAGCAACAGGUGCCACAUCUUCAAGAAGAGGAGGAAGAUAUGGAAAGUGGGACGUCAGCUGCGAGCUCCCCAACCAUACUGCGCAGGAGCAGUGCAGACAUGUUAAACAGUCAGUCAGAUGGUUCCACCGAAACUAUCUCAGUGGUUGUCAUAGAUGCUGGUGACGAGCUUUCUUCUCCUGAAACUGAACAAGGACCAUUUGGCUCUCAGUCAGAUGAAACUUCAAUAAGUACAACUGCAUCUUCCAUUACGCCCACAAGAGACAUGUUUGAAAGUAUUGACUCUCCUGAAGCUCCCCCAGUUGUUGACUCCAACUAUUUAAAACUGGAACCAAAUGGUUGCAGAUCUUCAUCCAUUGACAGCGCUUAUGGGACUCUUUCCCCAACAUCACUAGAAGAGUUUGUAGAACGACAGCAACAGGAAAUGGUGGAGGAUGAGAGGGAAUCUAUUAGUUCCCAGCGUUCCUCAUCACCUAAACUUCGUAGAAGGACACCUGUUCAGCUCCUGCCGUGUAAAUCUAAAGUACUGAAGUCCAAGUCAGAAGCUAGCCUCCUUCAUCUGAUAACAACGGGUCCUUCAACUAUCAAUAGUGAAGAAAUAACUCACCUUACUCAAAGUAAAAGCUUAAGUGAACUUUUCAUGUCCCCAACACCAGAUAUAUUUUAUCAACCAGAUCAUCUUAAAAAAGACAACAGAAAAUAUAUCUCAGCAAAUGGAUUUAAAAGGACUAGCAUGGUGGAGCGUACAUCCAAUCACAUGGAAGAGCAUGUAAUAAAACCCAGAUCUCAAUCAGACUGCACAGGCCGAAGAGUUGCCAACACAGGCAGCUGCAGUAGUAGCUCCUCAGAUCUUUCUGAACCAGAGGAAAACGGAUCAGCAAAAUCUGCUGUUUGUUUCAGGAAUGAUAAUAAAAUACAGGAUUCGUUAUCUGAGUCUGAGCAGAUUCAAUCCCUGCAAGAGUUUGAAGUGGACUCUUCAGAACAUGUGUACAGUAAAUCUUUCCCUGACCAGUUUUCUGGUGAAGUAGAAUUGGACAGUGAUAAUGUUCCUGGUAGUGCCAGACGGACAAUGUCAGAUCCGCAGUCUUCCCAGCACAGGAAACUUACGUUGGCACAGUUGUACAGAAUUAGAACUACUUUACUGCUUAACUCCACGCUAACUGCUUCAGAGGUGUAAUUUCAUGGAGACAACAUAGACUUUUGUCACCUGAAGAAACUUAUAUAUUGUGAAGCAAAGGAUGCAGAACACAAAUGGUCCUUCACAUGGCAGAUGCUGAAGAUCGCUAUGACCUACUGAUAUUCAGUUGGUAAACCUGGGAAGUGGGACACGAGCUUGCAUCAGUGGCACGUCUCUUUGAGGGGGCCAAUAUGGAUUACUUCUCAGCAGCAACUGACUUGUGACUGGGCUUUGCGUUUCCAAAGACUGCACAGCCGAGAGAUUUUACUUGCACUUUCAAAUAACAGCCAAAACUCAAAGACGUUUCGAGUUCUGGCACAGAACAUAUACUGGUGGCAUCAAGACUCUGUACCAUAGCAUUAGAUAGAAAUCAGACCUAUACCUCAUCUGAAACAUCCAGUGGCUAUGAGGACUCAACGUGACAAAAGAACAGAACAACUCCGAACACGCUUUUUCAUUUUUCCUUAAGAUUAUUGCAGUUAUGAAAUUGUAGCCACUGUAUGUACUAGCAAAGCUGUAAUUCACACCAGAAAUGUUUACUAAACAGCUCAUUCAACUGAGCGCUAGUGUAUCUAUUAUCCACAAGAGUACUCAGAAUAAUGGAUUCCACAUGGUGCUGGCCUUUUCUAUAGCAAUCGAUGACCAAAGUUGGCUUUCGUGUUCCUUUUUUGGACAAGCAGGGUCUAACUUUUGGGGAUGUGUUGGUGUGUAGCUUUAUGAAAUAUUAUUAAAAAGAAAACUGUGAAAUGCGUUAGUCACAGGAGUUAGAGGUUGCAUUUCUAUGAUAAUUAUAAGAAAAUACGCCCCACGGGGAAACAUUUUCUUCUUUAUUGUUCUGAAAAAAUGGAGAAACUGAAAAUGUUUACAGGAACAGUAUUAUAAUUAUUGUGAGACAUGGUGCUUGCCAAUGUUUAAAUUAUUUUUUUCAUUGAGAUUAUUUGUUUAAAUAUGAAUGUUUAUAAAUCUAUUUAACAUUUAAGGGCACUUUAUGUGUAUUUUUAAUAAGCCACAAAUAUUGAUUCAUUAGCACUGCAUAAAUUCUUGCAGAUUUUUUAUUUUGAGUUUAUUAGAACAGCAUUGCCUGCCUGUGUAAAUAAUUGCUCUUAACCACUGACAAACUGGGCUUUUCCAAAGUGAGAUCCUUUUUUUCCCCUUAGUUUAUUUAGUUAUGUAGUACUGUACCCUGUGUGCAGGAUAUGUGCUCCUAGUCUGACUUGGAAAAGUAUACAACGUGUAAAUAUUUUUUUAUUUUACUAAAAUUUGCAAAUUAAAUGAGAUAGAAUUUGACGUGCGCUUGUGGGUUAAAUACACAUUCAGUACCUGUAGAAAUAUAUUUAGCAAGAGAAGUACAAUAAACAUUUACACCAAAACAUUACAUUCUUAGUGGUCUUACGUUUCACAAAUGUAUUUAUUUCCUUGCAAGGGGGUAUGCGCUAAAUGAUAGCAGACUGUAUGUGUCAGGGCCAUCAUUUGUAUCUGUACUGUAUUGUUACCGUUACUUUUAAGGCAUUAAACAAAAUGACUUUCUGCCCAGCUG